AUGAAGUUCUUCUCCAGCCCUCUCUGCCUCCUCCCCCUACUCGCCGGCGUGAACCAUGCCUCCCCAUCCAACCCAUCCAUCUCCCUCACGCGCAUCUCAAUGCCCUGCCCGGACCUCGCGGUCUUCAACUCCCAAAUGAGGGCCCUGAUGAAUCUAACUGCGCCCGCCGGAACCCCCCAGUCGAUCCUCCCUCAAGUCAACACCCGACUCGCUGCCAUGGAGUCAUUCAGCGCGGGAUACAUGGACCUCGUCAACGCGUUCAGCCCGGUCUACUGCGCAGCGAAUACCAACAACAACGUCACGGUCAUGAAUGCGCAGAUGCAUGUGGGAACGGGUAACCACACCAGCCUGGUGACCCGCCAGGACAUGCGCGGUGUUCUGGAGUCCAUCUGCACGGUUCUCGAAUCUGUGGAGCAUAUGCUUGAGGAGGUCAUAGCGCCGAUUGCGGGCUUCCUUGAUUCCGUGGAGGAUGCGAUUGGAUGUGGCGUGUUGAGUUCUGCGGUUGUUAGGCCGACGCCUACGCCGGUCAGGGGGUCUGGUUGGAGGUCCUUCUAG